UUAUCUUCUAAUUUAGAAAACGAAUGAUUCAGAGAAACCUAAUCGCUUCGAUCAUUUAAUUGCAGAUUUGCAGUCUCUCAGUUAUAGCUCACACUGACACUUUACCUUCCUUUUUGUCUCUGUCCCAUUUCCUCAAACACAUUAGCUACACAAAUAACGCGGUCACUCUUCUUUGACAGUUGAUCAUUUGACAUGUAUGGCAUCGGACGAGAGUAUGACCGUGCUUUCUUCUAUGCAGGAAGAUGAGUACGAUGAUACUGAUGAUGGGUUGGAUCAACAUCCGCUUCUCCAUAGCUUGUCUAGAUUGUCUGUAUGUACUAGUUCGAUGUGUACCAACGAAGAAGAGGAGGACGAAGAAGUGGAUGGUAUUGAUGGGGUUAUGAUGAAUUAUAUGUCGAGGUUGUCAAUUGAGAGCUUGGACGCCGACGACGAGGAAUUCUCUGACGGUAAAGGAGGCAAACGCAUCCUAGACAUCUCGGAGGACGACGACGACUCUGACAAAGAACAGCAUUGUUACUCGCUGCCGGCUACUCCCCCUCGCCGGAGAAAUCGAGGAGGGGUAGUGAAUCAACAGGUGGACGUUUCCAAAGACUACGCCAGUGAAAACGAAGCCCAGAAGGGUCUGAGGAGGGAAAAGAUGGGAAGGAAUUUGAGGCGGAGAAGGAUCAUUAGAGAAAGAUGGUUAGGUGGUAAGGGGAAGAACAGAGGAGAGGAGAACAAGAACAGUAUUAGUGGAGAGAGUGAAGAUGCCGGUGGUGGGGUGGUGGUGAUAACUAGGCCGAAGGGAGGGAGUAGGUCGCUUUUCAUGGACUUGGAUGAAGUGAAGGCUUGUAGGGAUCUUGGGUUCGAAUUGGAACAUGAGCGGAUGCUGGAGAUGCCAAGACGUUCGUCUCUUUCAGCAUCAACCCUUGAGACUACCAGCAGCGGUGGCACUUCUCCUAUAGCGAAUUGGCGCAUUUCCAGUCCUGGUGAUGAUCCGCGAGACGUGAAGGCUCGACUCAAGGUCUGGGCGCAGGCAGUGGCACUUGCAUCUACAUCACAACGUUGCAUCUAACUGCUAUGAUUUUAGAUCUUUUUCUAUCCACUGUUCUGGUGGUAGAAGAAGAAAAUUGUUUUGUUUUUCUUCAUUUGCUUCAGACUUGUUCGAUCUAGGUGCUUCAAUCACUACUGAUGCAGGGGUGUCGGUAGGGGAGGCUUGAGAAUUGUUAUUCCCAGCUAAUCACUGAUUACUACUCUCUCUUUUUUCCUGACCUGUAUGGCUAUGUAAGCCGUUUGUAAAUAUAACAAAGAAGGUCAAAGGCGUGAUGAAACAUUGGAAAACCAUUGGUGGUUUGAUUUUUUGGGGGAAGUUAUGUGCAUAGAACAUUGUGUUGG